GAGAGAGAGAGAGAGUGAGAGGGAUGGAGGUAGGGAGAAAGAGAGAGAGAGAGAGGGGUCACUAUAUUAUACCAUGAGUGUGAAACAAGAUAGAGUGGAAUGAGGCAGUAAAAGCAUCAGUGCCAGGGAUGAAGAGUGGCAGAGAGAGAGAAAAGGGAGGGGAAGGAGGACAGGACUGACAGCAGAGCAGCACACUAAAAAAUGAGGAAGAGAAGUCUGAGGGCAGGAAGGAGGGAGGGAAAAUGAAUGGUGGAGCAAGAGUAGGAGAGAGAGAGGGAGAGAGAGAGAGAGAGCGGGAGAGAGAGAGAGAGAGCGAGAGAGAGAGAGAGAGAGAGAGAGAGAGAGUGAGGCGAGGGGUGGCAUGGGAUGGGGGAUGAUCAGUGGGUCUGUCUAGAGUUGGGAGAGCAGGAGCCGGCUCUGGGAGACCUUUGGGAGGAUUACAGUUAGACAGAGGAAACAGAAACGCCUCCAACAUGAGCAGAACCAUUUUCUUUGAGGUGGAAAUUCUGGAUUCAAGGACCAAAGAGCAGCUCUGCUUCCUGGACAAGGUUGACCCCCACUCAACCAUAGGAGACAUAAAGAGUCUUUUUCACAAGUCAUACCCGAAGUGGUACCCCUCCAGACAAUCGCUGAAGUUGGACCCCAAGGGGAAAGCCCUCAAAGAUGAUGACGUACUCCAGAGCCUACCUGUUGGGACCACAGCAACAAUGUACUUCAGAGAUCUGGGGCCACAGUUGGGAUGGACAAUGGUGUUCUUGGCUGAGUACUUGGGCCCUCUCCUGAUUUACCUCCUUUUCUACUUCCGCGUGCCCUACAUCUACACACACAAGUUUGCCUUCACAGCCAGUCCCUACCCUGUAGUGAGCCUGGCCUGUGGCUGUCACUCCUUCCACUACAUCAAGAGGUUAAUUGAAACUAUAUUUGUGCACCGCUUCUCCCAUGGCACCAUGCCUCUGAGGACAAUAGUGAGGAACUGUGUCUAUUAUUGGGGCUUUUCAGCCUGGCUCGCCUACUACAUCAACCACCCCCUCUACACACCACCAUUUUAUAGGGACACACAAGUUAACUACUCACUGAUGGCAUUUGUGUUGUGUGAAGCAGGGAAUUUCUCUAUUCAUUUGACCCUGAAUAACCUCAGAGGAGACGGGCCAAAAAGCAGGAGGUUCCCCAGCCCAAAUAAGAACCCCUUCACAUGGCUUUUCUUCUUUGUGUCUUGCCCCAAUUACACCUAUGAGGUAGGGGCCUGGGUGAGCUUCUCCAUCAUGACUCAAUGUGUUCCAGUGGCCCUGUUUGCCCUGUUGGGCUUCAUUCAGAUGACCAUCUGGGCAAGGAGCAAACACAGAACCUACACCCGAGAGUUUAAGGACUACCCUAAUCUACGGAUGCCUAUUCUGCCUUUCGUCCUUUGAGGAGAGAGAGAGAGAGAGAGAAAGAAAGAAAGAAAGAGCCGUGACUCCCAAAGCAACGUCUUCCAACUUUCGAUUGACAUUCAGUGAUUUGGGCCUCACCAGAGGACGGUGAUCACACCUGGAUCCAUCAACACACAGUGUCAGAGCAGUCUCCGUGGUGUCACUUUGCAGGUUGACAAUCAGUGUAAAUGACUGCAGGGGUCCACACAAGCUGCUCUGCUGUUAAAAAUAGAUGAACAAAACACACUCUACAAACAACACGAACAAACUAAACUUGCUGGGUGAGUGACAUUUGUUAAGACUCUGGAUGCCCCUAAUCUUCAAGGUAUAAUGAAGGUCCUUAAAUGGCUUUUUACCUCUUUGAUAUGUUGAUCAUAGCACUGAAAAGCUUUUGGGAGAGCCAUGCUAUAUGAAUAUUUUCAACUUCAACCUCAAAGUUAGCACCCUCAGGGUUGCAAUAAGGAAACGGAAAAUAAGGUGUCUCAAUCAAAAAAGCCCUCAGGACCCUAUAUUGUAAAAAAAAAUAUGAAAACUUUGUGAGUGAUUGCGAGUGUGUGUGUGUUCUACUGCAGGGCUGACCUGAGAUGGUUCGUCUUUUAUGUGUGGUCACUUUUGCCCUUUUAAAACUAGGGGUGGGAAUAAUAUGCGACAAUACGCUCCUAUCACAAUAGUUUGGCUACAAUAUGACAUUUGAUUCUUCAGAUUUUACAAUACAGCAUAUUUUUGCAAUUCGAUUCUGCGAUACAUUACGAUUUAUUUCUCCCAUAUAUUACAUUUCGUAUACUGGGAGUCUCUGCAGCCAUCUUGGCGCAGUAAAUGUGUUCUCGACUUUGACUUCCUUUUGAAUUUCUGCUGUGACAAAAGAGAACAACGAGGUCUUGUGCCAUCUUGUGGACUUCAGAAGCAAUGUUAUCAGAGUAGAUGUAUGUACCAUAGUAAUAUUAAAAUCGUCAUAUUAAAUAAAUAGAUAUCGCGGCUUUUGGUGCCACGUAUCAUGAUAAUAAAAUAUUGCGAUACUA